AUCACUUAAUAUCUGGGACGCCUUAGCAGGUGAAUCAGUAUUGCACGAUAUUCAUGCUUGUAGCCAAUAUUUACCUCAUCUCGAAGUACUUCAACUCAAUAUACCAAGCCUAGAUGGGCCUGAUACAAGCAUGACCACGUUAUCGGGGCAUGCGGUACAACCACCAUACUGGACCAAAAUGUGUCCACCUGAAGACGUACACCCUUAUUGCGACUGCGUCAGCUGUACCCUCGGGAUAUUCGAGGAGGAAGAGAGGCGUGCUUUGUGUGAGGAAUGGGUAGAAACCGAAUGGAUUCCAUACCAUACACAAGCUUUCGCACUUAUUAAGCUAUUGCCCAAAUUGAAGCUGUUCGAAUGGUUUCUGGUGGACUUCAUUGAGGAUUAUAUAACCAUUGUGAGGCCUAGGCUUGUCUUUUGGGAAUGGAAGAUCACGCGAGAGGAAAACACGGCAAAAGUCACGGUCAAGCAAAAUAUAAGAGGCACUCCUUAUGAUGAACUUUUUGAAGACAAUGAUCUGGAGUACGGAUGGUCCCUCACAAGGGGUUUCAGUUGUGACCAGGAUGAUAACUUAGCAGAACGGCUACGAAAUCAAUCAAG